CACAUUUAAGUCUAAUAAUAAAAGCUAAAAAUAAAUAUAUCGCUUACCUCAACAGCAGUGACACACCCUAAUAUGCCAAUAUAAAAUAAAUGAAAUAUGUAAGUGUAAUUAAUAUUCAAAUGACCACCGCGAAACUGUAAUGUAAAUGUAAAUGAAACAACGACGUCAGCAGCUCAGCACCAUUUGUGAAUGAAUGAAUUAAACGACAGCUACACGAUCCAAUUGUUGAAGUUGUUAUUUAUGAUCGGCCACAACAACACAGCAAAAGGGGAACAGCUGCUCAGACUUUGUCGGCAACCUAAUUUGCAUGCAACUCAGCAAACACCAGCACCAGCACCAACAAUAACAACGACAACAACAACAAAAACAAAAGCGAGCGCAAUAGAAAAAAAAAAUUGCAGCUAAUUAAUGAAAUCUGCGUGUUUAGCUGCAAAUAAAUCGUUGUCACUGUGUCAAAUUGUCGUCAAAUUGUCGUCGUAGUGACGUUGUCUGCCUGCCGCCAAUGGUUGAAUACAAUAUUUGUUGUGGCAUAAAUAUGCGCGUCCGCAGACGCACGUGUGGCAUACUAAAUAAAUACAAAAUUUUAGAAUUUUACACUGUUCAAAUGAAUACCCAAUGCACGAACGCAAUUAAACAUAAAUCAGUUGAGUGAAAAGUAAACAAAAAUAAAAUAAAUCAAAUUGUAUGAAAACAGUGAUGGUAUGUAAUAAAUUUGGCGCCACUUGAGCUUCCUCUUCUCACCUUUGUUUGUUGCUAUUUUAAGCGGCGCAUUUGAAUCGCAUGCAUAAUUGAUAAGCAAAGGAGUGUAUGUAUUGUGCACGCCUUCAAGCGCAAAAAAAAAAAAAUAUAUCUGUAAUCAAAACAAAAGCGUUAAGUGUGUUAUCGAUUAAAUUGUAAUACAAAAGUUUUUAAUAGAAUAAGUGUAUUACGCCACGAUGUCGAGAGAUCGCAAUUACACGUGCCAAGAUGCCGCUGAGCGUCAAGAAUUGCUGAGCUUCGCACCUAAAGUGCAAGUAGUGCAACGCAAAAUGAGCGAACGCAGCUGCUGUGAGGCGGCACCUUUGGUUGGCGGCGCUAUUGAUGACGCGUCUGCUGGCGUUGAGCUGAUUGAAGCAGAUGCUGCGAAAUGUUGGUUAAUGAGUGCGUCGCAGGAGAAGCAGCGAUUGCGACGAACUGACGAAGUGACCCCAUUUGGGAAUUAUCUAAAAAACAACAAACAACCGUCCUCAGCGCAUGCGACCACUACGAAUGCCAGUAAAUUGAUACCGACAAUUGUGACGUCGCAACAAAGUCCGCAACACCACCAACAAAAACAACAAAAGUUACACAAACAAAUGACAGCGAAACGUAAAAAUUCAAAUUCAAAUGAGAUCAACAACACCAGCAGCGCGAACACUGCGGCGACAGAAGCGCCACCUGCCAAUGCGAUGACAACGACGUCAGUACCAGCGAUCGCGACUGCGACUGCGACAGCAACGGUUGUGACGUCAGCGACACCAAAUAGCGGCACGAUCGCUGCCAAUAAUGGCCCCUCACCACCACCACCACCACCUCCGGCAGCAGCAACAAAAGCAACGAGGCGAGAUGCACAAAAAAGCAGCAGCAGCAACAACGGCGAGGAUGAGACUGAUGUGAUCGGCGAUCUAGUGGGGCAUUUCGGCAAGUGGCAAUGCCUGAUGACAAUGUUGUUGUCAUUGUUUCAGGUGCCCAAUACAUUUCACAUAGCGUCGCCAAUCUAUCAGGCGAUCAACAAAAAUUUCUGGUGCAGUCGACCGCCGCAUUUGCAAGAUUUGCCUGUGGAUGUGUGGCGGAAUCUGAGUAAUUCGCAAGACAAUUGUUUCCAGGCGAACAUUGACUGGAGCAAAGUGCACAACGAUAGUAUACGGUUGCAGCCAGCCUUACAACAAUCGAGCCAACAGCAACAGCAGUCACAUGGCGUACAUGGCAGCUUGCCACACGACCCCUCGGCGGCGGUGUCUACUUUUCAACACAAUCUUAUCUCACCGCUGGCCGUCGUCCAAAAUGCCACACGCAUCGCCUGCUCGGCUUGGGAAUAUGACAGCGAUGAUAAUUUGGGCAACACAUGGAUUUCGCAGUGGGAUUUGGUGUGCGACAAGGAGUACUUUAAGAAUGUGGCGGAGAUGUUCUUUCUAUUGGGUGCGGCAACAGGUGGCAUUUUGUCGGGUUAUUUGUCGGAUAAAUUUGGCCGCAAAAAAAUGCUUUUCAUAUCUGCAACGCUGCAGACGAUAUUUGGUUUUGCACUCCUCUUCCCCGAAUCGUUGGAAAUAUUUCUGCUGCUGCGCGCUCUGCUUGGUGUUGUCUCCGUGUCGGUGACCUAUGCUGGCCUAAUAUUGGCCAUAGAAUAUGUGGAUGGCAAAUGGCGUACCAUAGCUGGCAUGUACAAUUUAUUUCCACUGCCAAUUUCCUACAUGGUGAUCGCAGGCAUUGCCUACCUGACGCAGGAUCAUCAGCGGCUGCAGCUUUGCAUCGGCAUACCAGGCAUAUUCCUGUGUUUUCUAUGGUUUGUCGUGCCCGAAUCUCCACGCUGGCUGCUGGUCAAAGGACAUAUUGCCGAAGUAAAAGUUAUUGUGCAGCGUGCAGCUAAAUUUAACGGACGCCAGCUGCCACCCGACUUUGAGUCAAUGUUGAAGCCGCCGUCACAGGAAGAUUCCUCACAGAAUUGCGUCAGCCUUUUCAAUUCGCGUUACCUGAGUUGUGUGACAAUUUGCUUUCUUUGCAUUUGGUUCACCAUGAAUUUGGUGUACUAUGGCCUGAUAUUAAAUAUGAGUUCAUUUGGCGGAAAUGUUUACUUGAAUUCGGCUUUAGCUGGCCUAGUCGAAAUUCCUGCCAUUGCCAUUGCCAUGUACAUUAUCACCAAGGUUGGCAAAAAGUGGCUAUUCAGCGCCACAUUCUUCUGUACGAGCCUCGCUUGCUGUUGUGCAGCCAUUACCGAGGGCAAUGAUGACCAACUCUGGCUGAAGAUUACAUUCCUCAUGAUUGGUAAAUUCACCAUCAGCGCCGGCAAUACCAUAAUGCCCGUCUACACCGCCGAGCUCUAUCCGACCGCCAUACGUAAUGUUGGUGUUGGUGCUUGCAAUGUGGCCGCUGGUGCCGCAUUAAUACUAACGCCAUAUUUAUCAUUGUUGCAUAAAAUUGAGAUACAUUUUAUGAUGACGCUGCUCACCGCAUUUGCAUUCUUUGGCGGUUUUGUUGUGCUGUUCCUACCCGAAUCCGCAUCUGCUCAAACGAAAUCGGAACCGCGCGAGGAAAAAUGUUAGAGCUAACCAACUUUUAUCUGACCACAACUAAACAUUUUAUUGUUACAGUAAAUGGAUGUUUGUCAAAAUACGACGAAUUUACUAAGCAAACCAAAAUCGGAACAGUUUGUCGUUACCGAAAACAUACUAAACAGCUGUGCAGAGCAGCAAUAUAUUGUGAAGUAAGAAAACAAAAAAAUUAAGGAAAACAAACACAAAGUACAUAUGAAUGCAUUACUAAGAAUAAGUA